AUGGAGCGUAUGUGGCGCAAGGUCAACCACAGCUUCAGUGGCCGCACUUCGAAGUCUGCAAAUUCUAUACAAUCAACUGAUACGGUUAGUUCGGCUGGCGGCUUCGGUGAUGGUCAAAUAGUUGUGGCUGUUGCGGGCAUUGCCGCUCCAAGCACAGCAACGGGACGACGUUUGGCUGCAAGUGGACAGGUGCAGAUGCCAACCAACUCAGCCAUAGCCACGGGGACAGUCACUGGACAGUGUCAGAAAUCGCUGAGUCAGCACGUAUUACUAAGCACAGCAUCGUCAUCGGAACGCAGAAGGCGACGACGCCGUAAAAGCCGACAACGUCGUAGCGGUGUAAGCUGUGUGGGUGGCGGAGAUAAUAUGUCUUCAUCCGGUGGUUUUUACACAAUAAAGGAAUCCUCAGGUGUUCAUAGUGGAAGUCAUCGACAUCAUCGCCAAUCACAUUCUUCUAACCAUAUAAUGGCUAGCUCUGCACCAAGUGGCACUGUCAUGAUGUACCCAAAUCCUGUUAGAGAAAAUUCGACAACUGCUUCCGGUGCUGCGAUAACUUCAGCGCAGCCAACACCCUCGACUGCACCGGAUAUUUCCUUAAGACAACGCGCCGUUGCAAAGCUGAGAAUGUUUAAUUUUCACUUGAAUUGGGAUCUGCAUAUGACGCCCUGCAAACCCUGCGGCAUAACGAGGCGCCUUUGCCGCAAUCGCCGCCGCGAGGAUAAUGAGCUUUAUCGGUCCAACAGUUUUAAAUUUGAGCGCUUCGAGCGUAAGGAAUGCAUCGAAGAACUUUCCGACUCAUUGCAGAAACAGAUACGUUAG